AUGUCACGUACGGCGAAACGUCCAAGAGGUGGGAAUUCUUGGAAAGCCUCAACACAAAGGGGCUUGCUGGGAACAAGGUUUACAAUAGCAGCGUCACCUGACUUGAUGGCUUUUGGGUUUUCUUCGGUGGUUUUUCCUGUACGACGGUCACAUUUUUCCUUGAUCUCUGCGAAUUUGCAGGCAAUCGACGUAACCACGACGCAAUUCCUUGACAGAGACGUUCUUAACGUUGAAACCAACGUUGUCUCCGGGGACGGCCUCAGUGAGGGCUUCGUGAUGCAUUUCUACGGACUUAACUUCAGUGGUAAGUCCAGCGGGGGCGAAAGUAACAACCAUACCUGGUUUCAACAAACCAGUUUCGACACGACCGACUGGUACUGUUCCAAUACCUCCAAUCUUAGGUUUGUCGGUGGGUCUGCUUGGUGGCAAGAUAGCGUCAAGAGCUUCAAUGAGGGUGGUACCUUCACCGUUACCGUCUUUACGUUCAACCUUCCAUCCCUUGAACCAUCCCAUUUUGCUGGAUGUCUCCAACAUGUUGUCUCCGUGCCAUCCAGAGAUGGGGACGAAAGCAACAGCGGCUGGGUUGUAACCAAUCUUCUUGAUGGCUCCGAAUUCCAACAUAGAGCAAGGUCCCGGCACCUUAUCGAUCGCUCGUCGGUCGAAAUCUAA